AUGUUCUAUAAAAGACUCGCAGUUUUUCCUCAUACUUUAGUAUGCAACAGUAUUGCGAUCAAUAUUUUAAGAAAAAUGGGUAAUUCAAAAAAAUUUAAAGUUUUAAUAUCCCGCUCUGAUAUGCCUGAAAGUGGUGUGGAUAUUUUAAAAAAACAAUGUGAACUAAAAGUAUGGGAUGGUCCUCUGCCUAUUCCUAAGGCAGAUUUUAUUAAGUCAGUCCAGGGAGUGAAUGGAAUAUAUUGUUGUAUAACUGACAAAAUUGAUAAGGAAUUGCUUGAUGCUGCUGGGCCAGAGUUAAAAGUUGUGGCAACCAUCUCUGUUGGCUAUGAUCACAUUGAUGUAGGAGAAUGUAAAAAGAGAGGCAUUAAAAUUGGAUACACUCCUGAUGUCUUGACAGAUGCCACUGCUGAGCUAACGUUAGCACUUCUAUUAUGUACCUCAAGGCGACUUCCUGAGGCUAUGCAUGAGGCCAGAACUGGAGGUUGGGUUUCCUGGGCUCCAACAUGGAUGACCGGACCUGGUUUAGCUGAUGCCACUGUGGGAAUUGUUGGCUUUGGUAGAAUUGGUCAGGCAGUUGCAAAACGUGUUAAAUCUUUUAACACAUCACAACUUCUCUACUUUAAUAGAAGUGAAAAAUCAGAGGCAAAAGAAAUUGGUGCUACUAAAGUAAGCUUUGAUGAAUUACUUACUAAAAGUGACUUUGUGAUAUGCUGUGCAGCAUUAGCUCCAGAAACCAAAGAGAUGUUUAAUAGAAACGCAUUUAAGAAGAUGAAAAACUCUGCUGUAUUUAUUAAUACAAGUCGUGGAGGAAUUGUUGAUCAAAAUGCACUAAUAGAAGCAUUGCAGAAUGGCACUAUUAGAGCUGCUGGUUUAGAUGUUACUUCACCAGAGCCUUUGCCUUUGGAUAGUCCACUGUUCAAAUUAAAAAACUGCGUUAUACUACCUCAUAUAGGCAGUGCGGCAAUACAAACUAGAUCAAACAUGAGUGAGAUGACAGCCAACAAUAUUCUAGCUGGCCUGAAUGGUACCAAAAUGCCUGCACAAUUGGAGUAA